GGGUGACGGAUGCUCAAAAGUUCAGAAGUUUUCCCAAUGCUUCCUUAAGCGGCCGGCGCGCGAGAGACUGAAAAAGGUGACGCGGGGCCCGGGAAGGCGGCCGGCGCGCUGCGCCCCCACCCCGCCCGCCCCUGGGUUAUUUGGCCGCCUGCGCCCGGCAGCUCCGGACAGAGUCUCUUUGGAAAGCGCCGGCAGAGUGGCGAGAAGGGCGCCUGCUGGCUUUUGAGUUUUCGAUCUUUUUUUUUUUUUCCCUUCGGCUCUCAUUUUUUUCCCCCUCGGUGGCGCCUGGAAGUUGCUCAGCGAGUUCCUCCGAGGCUGCUACUGCUGCUGCUAGCCCGCGUCGUCGUCGUCGUCUCUCCAGCGACCAGCGCGGGUGCCGAGGGUGUCCCUGCCCACCCCCACGCCCCGUCCCGAGCGAGCGCAGAGGGAGAGGCCGCGCCGGGCCGGCGGCGCACGCAGGCCAGCAGGCCGGGCAAGGAAGGCAAGGCAAGGCGCACGCAGGCGGCCGGCCGAGCCGGACGCAGCAGCAGCGCGGCGGGGGCUCCGGACUCGCCCUCGGGCGGCUCGGCCCGGCCCGAGCGAGCGUGGAGGGGCGGGUGGUGGCAGCGUGCGGCGGCGAGCCGGGGCCAUGCAGGCGCGCUACUCCGUGUCCAGCCCCAACUCCCUGGGAGUGGUGCCCUACCUCGGCGGCGAGCAGAGCUACUACCGCGCGGCGGCCGCGGCGGCCGGGGGCGGCUACAGCGCCAUGCCGGCCCCCAUGAGCGUGUACUCGCACCCGGCGCACGCCGAGCAGUACCCGGGCGGCAUGGCACGCGCCUACGGGCCCUACACGCCGCAGCCGCAGCCCAAGGACAUGGUGAAGCCGCCCUACAGCUAUAUCGCGCUCAUCACCAUGGCCAUCCAGAACGCUCCGGACAAGAAGAUCACCCUGAACGGCAUCUACCAGUUCAUCAUGGACCGCUUCCCCUUCUACCGGGACAAUAAGCAGGGCUGGCAGAACAGCAUCCGCCACAACCUCUCGCUCAACGAGUGCUUCGUCAAAGUGCCCCGCGACGACAAGAAGCCCGGCAAGGGUAGCUACUGGACGCUGGACCCGGACUCAUAUAACAUGUUCGAGAACGGCAGCUUCCUGCGGCGGCGGCGGCGCUUCAAGAAGAAGGACGCGGUGAAGGACAAGGAGGAGAAGGACCGGCUGCACCUCAAGGAUCCGCCGGCACCACCGCCCCCGCCGCCGCCGCCUCAGCCGGGCCGCCAGCCCGCACCGGGGCCGCCGGAGCAGCCGGACGGCGCCGCCCCUGGACCGCAGCCGCCGCCCGUGCGCAUCCAGGACAUCAAGACCGAGAACGGUACGUGCCCCUCGCCGCCCCAGGCCCUGUCCCCGGCCGCCGCCGCCGCGUCCGCGGUGCCCAAAAUCGAAAGCCCCGACAGCAGUAGCAGCUCGCUGUCGAGCGGGAGCAGCCCCCCGGGCAGCCUGGGGCCGGCCGCGCGGCCGCUGAGCCUGGACGCUGCCGAGCCCGCGCCGCCGCCCCCGCCGCCCUCGGCGCAGCAGCCCGCGCCGCCGCCACCGCAGCAGCCCCCGCACCACAGCCAGGGCUUCAGCGUGGACAACAUCAUGACGUCGCUGCGGGGCUCGCCGCAGGGCGCGGCCGCCGAGCUGGGCUCCGGCCUGCUGGCCGCGGCGGCGGCGGCGGCGGCGGCUGCGUCUUCGCGCGCGGGCCUCGCACCCCCGCUGCCGCUCGGCGCCUACUCGCCGGCCCAGAGCUCCCUCUACGGCUCCCCCUGCAGCCAGAGCUCGGGCGCGGGCGGCUCCGCCGGGGGCGCGGGCGGCGGUGGAGGCGGCGGCGGCGGCGGUGGAGGCGGUGGCGGCGGUGCGGGGACGGCGGGCGGUGCGGGGGGCGGCGGCGGCGCCGGGACCUACCACUGCAACCUGCAGGCCAUGAGCCUGUACGCGGCGGGCGAGCGCGGCGGCCACCUGCAGGGAGCACCCGGGGGCGCGGGCGGCUCGGUGGACGACCCCCUGCCCGAUUACUCCCUGCCUCCGGUCACUAGCAGCGCGUCGUCUUCCCUGAGCCACGGCGGGGGCGGCCAGGAGGCUGGCCACCAUCACCCCGCGGCGCACCAAGGCCGCCUCACCUCGUGGUACCUGAACCAGGCGGGCGGAGACCUGGGCCACCUGGCGAGCGCCGCAGCAGCGGCGGCCGCCGCGGGCUACCCGGGCCAGCAGCAGAACUUCCACUCGGUGCGAGAGAUGUUCGAGUCGCAGCGGCUGGGCUUGAACAACUCGCCGGUGAACGGCAACAGUAGCUGCCAAAUGGCUUUCCCCUCCAGCCAGUCGCUGUACCGCACGUCGGGGGCGUUCGUCUAUGACUGUAGCAAGUUUUGAGGUUCUCCAGCACCCCCACUGCGCCCCCGCCCUGUCCCCUCGCAAGCUCAGCCCCGGGUCAUGCCGCCCCCAGAGCUGAACUGCAUCAAACCCCAAAGAGACAGAAGGCCCGGCCGCCCAAGAACCCAUCCAAUGCAAAAUCGAAACUAAAAAAAAAAAAAGAAAGAAAGAAAAAAAAAAAGCAUUAGCCCAAAGUUAAGAAACCUUCACCAGCGACGAACACCAGCAAAUUCCACUCGCCAGCACCGAGGAAGGAAAAAGAACUAUUUUCUUAAAAGGUGACCGUGCGGAGCCUCCUCCACUGUGCCUUAUCAAAUAAACUGAAAAACUGGAGCUCUUUGGUGCCCCGAGCGCACAAUCACGGGUUGGUAAAGGACAGUGUUAACUCAGAUAACACGUAAGUCUCUCCUGACUCCUAAGCCUGAGAUGAGCGCCCCAACUCUUCCUCCACUCCCUUGCCCGGCCCUUCCCUUGUAAGAUAACUUUUCUUGGAGUUCCCUGUUGGUAGGAAGGGGGAGACACCCCAUUUAUGCAAAUAGCUUUCUUUUUAUGCAAGGACUUGUGUUAAAAUGUAAAUUGCAACAUAGUAAUUUAUUUUUUAAUUUGUAGUUGGAUGUCGUGGACCAAACACCACCCAAGUGUUUCCAAAAAACCUGCCCUGAGAUUGCCUGAAACUUUAAAUUGUGCCUUUAUUCUUCUCAUUAUAUAAAAAGGGAAACUGUA